UCAUUGAACUAGCCAUCUUUGUGCCACUUGCGGUAUUUCGUUAAUCUGGGCGAGACUGAGGCGUUGCUGGUAAAAUUUUUGAAACUUCAAAAAGUUAACUUUAAAUUCAACAGUAAUGGCUACUGACGGUCAGCAGUAUGAAAAUUUUGCUGAAGAUCAGCAAUAUUCCGAAUAUAAUGAGCAAAAUUACUCUGAAGCAAUGGAAGAAGGCGGUGAAUCCGGGGGUCAGAUGCAAAAUGUAAAUGGCUCAACGAAUGGUCAAUCAACUACUAAAAGCCCUACUGAUGACGAUAGGAAACUCUUCAUUGGUGGUAUUAGUUGGGAUACAGAUCAAAAGGAUCUGAAGGAAUAUUUCUCCAAAUUUGGUGAAGUAACUGAUGUUACCAUUAAAACUGAUCCUGCAACUGGAAAAUCUCGAGGUUUUGGAUUCAUUACUUUUGCUGUUGAAGAAACUGUAGAUGCUGUGUUAAAAGCUGUUCCUCACACCAUUAAAGGGAAAACAAUUGAUCCCAAACGAGCAAAAGCCAGGCCUGGCAUCAAGAAAAUUUUUGUUGGUGGUCUUGAUAUAGAUUACCCUGAAGCUGACAUACGGUCAUACUUUGAGAAGUAUGGCAAAGUUGAAAAUGUUGAACUUCCAUUUGACAAAGUGAAAAAUCAAAGGAGACAAUUCUGCUUUGUAACUUUUGAAACUGAGGAAGCUUGUGAGGCUUCUUGUAAACAAUCAAAGCAGAAGAUAGGAAACAAAGAAUGCGAUGUCAAGAAAGCUACCAAUAAACCAGAUCCUCGAUUAGGAGGUCGUGGAGGACCAGGUGGUGCAUGGGCUGGCGGUUUUGCUGCUCGUGGUGGACGUGGUCGUGGUGCUAGAGGCCGUGGUGGACCUGGAUUUUCUCAACCUCAAGGAUGGAAUGCUCCUGGUGGUUACACAGGUGGUUAUGGUGGACAAGGUUAUGGUUAUAACCAGAACUAUAACAGUGGAUAUGGCAAUUAUGGUGGUUAUGAUUAUGGAUAUGGUGGAGGUUAUGGCAGCGGCUAUGGAAAUUAUGACUACAGUGGAUAUUACAAUCAAGGAGGUGGCUAUGGAGGUCAACAGCCUAGUACUUACGGGAAGACACCUCGCCGUGGUGCUGCAACUGGGGCUGCUACUACUGCUUACCACCCAUACAGUCGUUAAAAUAUUCUUUUUAAAAUUUUCAUCUCAUCAUGGUUUUUCAUGUCUUGUACAUAGAAUUUGCUCUGACCUCAUGAAUAAACUUUUUAUUUCUAGUGAA